UCACCAGUAAGUCAUAGCCUCUCGCCCAAUCGGUGUAUUCAUUACCUCGUAAGUGCACGAAUUUGGCUAAGCUCACCAAACAUGUCCACAAUUGGACCUGGAAGAACAAGCAUCAGAUCGUGGGAUAUGAGUGGCCAAUAACAUCGAAAUUGACACUCCUGCCAAUGUAGAGAUGAGUAAUGCAGGCCAGCUUCCUAUAGCAUGGUGCCGAGUGGCUUCAGCGAUAGAAACACGAAGGCGACCAUCCCUGGAGCAACAGUGUUGUCCGGCUCUUCUGGACGCUAUACCAAUGUCACACGCAGUUUGGAAGCCUAUAGCUUCCUGUCGGUUACCGUUGGGAAUGGGAUUGCGACAGCGCCGAUUUCGGGCGUUUGGGAAGUGCUGGUACACUGUAUUUGCCGCGGUCGUACUGCAUCUUUCUCUCUUCGUUACUCGUAGUAUCGAGGUUCGCCAACCACAGUUACUGAGGCUGGUAUUCAGAAAAGCUCGUAGGGUCCUGACCUAGCCGAGCCGAAAGCAGUGCGGUAGCGGUAUAAGCACGUAAUGAACAGCGAUAAGCUGGAAUUGCCACUGCCAUUAGGCGUAGGCCCGGGAGCAAGUCGAGC